UCCACCGAGACGGGAGGUCAUCCUGAUCCUGAUCCUGAUCCUCAUCCCUUUGUCAGACCCCAGACCCGAGGGGGUGUUUGCUCAAAGACACAAAACGUCUGAAUGGUUUUAUAAGCAAAACCAGCUGCGGCGGGUCCGUGCGUGAUUUGCGUGUGCGUGAAAAGGGGUGUGCAAAAAAAAAAAAAAAAGAGAGAGAGAAAGUUUUCAUUUUUCUUUUUUUUUGGAAGGCAUGGACUCGGAGACUUGCAGUCCGUACAGCGACAUGACCUCCAUGGACGCGUUUUACAGUCCUCCUGCAGCGCAAGGUCGGGACCAGCAGGAGGACCACUUGAGGACUGAGUCCAAAUACAAAGGUCACGCGUACGGAGGAGACAAGUCCCGGAGCCCCUUCCCGCAGGAGUGCCACUCGCUGGAUGCCGGACAGGCUGCUUUCAGUAAAUUCCACCUCUUCAUGCACCGGUCCUCCUGCAGGACGCCUCCCCGGGAAGGAGAGGAGCGGCACGGCGCAGAGAUCGUCUCCUGCUACGGUAAAGAGACUUCCAAUCUACCGGACUCGGACUUGACUCCACUCUCGGACCAUUUAACAAUGGAGGCCAGCUACCAGGGUGUGAAGACGGCGUCUGAUAGGCCGACGGGCGGCGACUUGGCCAGCCCGCACGACAAAGGCGAUGGCGGCGAGAGCAACAAGGGCAAGAAGAGACGCAACCGCACCACCUUCACCAGCUACCAGCUGGAAGAGCUGGAGAAGGUCUUCCAGAAGACUCACUACCCCGACGUUUACGCCCGCGAGCAGCUGGCACUCAGGACCGACCUGACGGAAGCUCGCGUGCAGGUGUGGUUCCAGAACCGGCGGGCCAAGUGGAGAAAGCGUGAGCGUUUUGGUCAGAUGCAGCAGGUUCGAACCCACUUCUCCGCAGCGUACGAGCUACCGCUGCUGACACGCCCUGAGAGUUACGCACAAAUACAGAACCCGUCCUGGAUCGGCGGCGGCGGCGGCAGUGCGGCGUCGCCUGUGCCCGGGUGCGUCGUGUCCUGUGACACCGUGACCCCCUGCAUGACCCCUCACCCCCACUCCGCCGGCGGGGUGUCGGAUUUCCUGGGCGUCUCCAGCCCCGGGGCUCACAUGGGCCAGGCACACAUGGGCGGCCUGUUUGGGGGAUCUCCAGGCAUGGCUACGGGCCUCAACACGUACGAUCUCAACAUGGACCCGGACCGCAAGUCCUCCAGUAUCGCCUCUCUGCGCAUGAAGGCCAAAGAGCACAGUGCGGCCAUAUCUUGGGCCACAUGAUGUGUGUGUGUGUGUGUGUGUGUGUGUGUGUGUGUGUGGUGGAGGCAUUGAAAUCUAACACUACUACCUUCAUUCAACACGCAUGUACGCAAAAGACAGGACUCCACCUACCGCAGGAAGUCUCGCUUCAGCCCUUAGUGCUGCAAUUUUUAGCAUCAGCAGCAUCAGGAAGAGAAGUACCUGCAGGAAGAACAACAACACAAUUUGAGACCAGGGACCUUGGAGAUUCAACACGAGGAUCCGUGAUGUAAAACGGAUGCGUUGGGAAGGACGGAAUCUUCAGAGGCCGUGUCGGAACACGAGCGCCCCGCCAUUGAUCACGUCUAUCAGUUCAUGGUCAUUGUGGAUGAUGCUGAUGGUGCAAGACAAGGAGGAGAGGGGCAGGGGGGUCCAAAGUGCAUAUCCAUCACUCAGCAUUCACCACCCUGCAGACUUCCAAACAGAUUUGGGAUUUUAUUGGUGGGAAAAACCAAGCUUAAAAACAGGGGUGUCCAAAGUGCGGCCUUUCUAAAAAAAAAAAAUAAUAAUUUAACAUAAAAAGAAGUCAAAAUAUUAAUGGAAAAGGUUUAUAGGUUUGUCUCGUAAAUGUAUGACUUUAUUCUCAUAAAAUAAUUUUUUUUUGUAAAUUCAAGACUUGUAAAUGUAAAUUUUUUCUCAUAAAUAAACUUUAUUCUCAUAAAUGUAUGACUUCAAAUUCUCAAAAUAUCCUCAAAAAUU